GUUGAAAACACUUAUUGUAAGUCGCUUUAGAUAAAAGCUAAAUGAAUGUAAUGUAGUACUAGUAGUAACUGUGGUUGUCCCGUAGAUGCUGGAGAAGCAGGUGGAGGUGCGGCAGAAGGAGGUGGUGGAGCUGCAGACCCAGGUCAAGGCUCUGGGUCAGGAGGUGAAGGACACUGACGAGGUGGACGGGCGGAGGCAGCUGGUGGAGAUGAAGUUCCAGGAGCUGCUGGAUCCACUUCGCCGCCGCAAGAACUUCCUGGUGGAGUCCAGAGAGGUUCACCAGUUCAACCGAGAUGUGGAGGAUGAGAUCCUGUGGGUCCAGGAGAGGAUGGCCGUGGCCACGUCCUCGGACCACGGGCACAACCUGCAGACGGUCCAGCUGCUCAUCAAGAAGAACCAGACCCUGCAGAAGGAGAUCCAGGGUCAUCAGCCUCGUAUUGACGACAUCCUGCAGCGCAGCCGGAGCCUCCUGGGGGACGUGAUCCGGCAACGUCUGGACGACCUGCAGGAGCUGUGGCGGCAGCUGACGGAGGAGGUGGAGCUUCGCCACGGCCGUCUGGAGGAGGCGCACAAGGCCCAGCAAUACUACUUCGACGCCGCCGAAGCCGAGGCCUGGAUGAGCGAGCAGGAGCUGUACAUGAUGUCAGAGGAGAAGGCCAAGGACGAGCUGAGCGCCGUCACCAUGCAGAAGAAGCACCAGAUCGUGGAGCAGGCGGUGGAGGACUACGCCGAGACCGUCCACCAGCUGUCCAAGACCAGCAGGGGACUGGUGGCCGACGGGCACCCGGAGAGUGAGCGAAUCAGCAUGCGGCAGUCUCAGGUGGAUAAGCUGUACGCGGGCUUGAAGGACCUAUCAGAGGAGAGGCGGGGCAAACUGGACGAGAGGCUCCGCCUCUUCCAGCUGAACCGGGAGGUGGACGACCUGGAGCAGUGGAUCGCUGAGCGGGAGGUGGUGGCCGGGUCUCACGAGCUGGGACAGGACUACGAGCACGUUACGAUGUUGCAGGAGCGUUUCCGUGAGUUUGCUCGGGACACCGGAAACAUCGGUCAGGAGCGAGUGGACGCUGUCAACCGUCUGGCGGACGAGCUGAUCAACGCCGGUCACGGCGACGCGGCGACGGUGGCGGAGUGGAAGGACGGGCUGAACGAGGCCUGGGCCGACCUGCUGGAGCUCAUUGACACCCGGACGCAGAUCCUCGCCGCCUCCUUUGAGCUCCACAAGUUCUACCACGACGGAAAGGAGAUCCUGGGACGCAUCAUGGACAAGCAGAAGAAGCUGCCGGAGGAGGUCGGCCGUGACCAGAACACGGUGGAGACGCUCCAGAGGAUGCACACCACCUUCGAACACGACAUCCAGGCCCUGGGAACACAGGUGAGGCAGCUGCAGGAGGACGCGGUGCGCCUCCAGUCGGCGUACGCCGGAGACAAAGCCGACGACAUCCAGCGGAGAGAGAGCGAGGUGCUGGAGGCCUGGAGGAGUCUGCUGGAGGCCUGUGACGGACGCAGGCUUCGCCUCCUCGACACCGGGGACAAGUUCAGGUUCUUCAGUUUGGUCCGAGACCUCCUGCUGUGGAUGGACGACGUGAUCCGGCUCAUCGAGAACCAGGAGAACCCUAGAGACGUGUCGUCGGUGGAGCUCCUGAUGAACAACCAUCAGGGAAUUAAGGCCGAGAUCGACGCACGAAACGACAGCUUCACCUCCUGCAUCGAGCUGGGGAAGAGCCUGCUGGCCAGGAAACACUACGCUUCAGAGGAGAUCAAAGAGAAGCUGCUGCAGCUGACGGACAAAAGGAAAGAGAUGAUUGACAAGUGGGAGGACCGGUGGGAGUGGCUACGACUCAUCCUGGAGGUGCACCAGUUCUCCCGUGAUGCCGGUGUAGCUGAGUCCUGGUUGCUGGGUCAGGAGCCGUACCUGUCCAGUAGAGAGAUGGGUCAGAGUGUGGACGAAGUGGAGAAGCUUAUCAAACGUCACGAGGCCUUCGAGAAGUCCGCUGCCACCUGGGAGGAGCGCUUCUCUGCUCUGGAGAGGCUGACUACGUUGGAGCUGCUGGAGGUGAGGAGGCUGCAGGAGGAAGAGGAGAGGAUGAGGAGGCCACCGUCUCCAGAGCCGGUAGUGGUUCACGAGGAGGAGGAGGCUCAUCAGCAGAGCGGACUCGUCACUCAGAACGGACUCACUUCAGACCAGGACUCUCCUCGGGAUGGUGUGGACGGUGGAGAUCUGGUGAACGGUGUUUGUGAACCGAGCCCCGGCGCAUCUCCGACCUCUGGCAGGAAGAGUAAGACCAGCCAGUCGUCCAUGCUGCCCUCCAGGAACCAGGACUCAGGCGCCCAGUUUGAGGGACUCCUGCACCGCAAACACGAGUGGGAGGCUCCCAACAAGAAGGCCUCCAACAGGUCGUGGCACAACGUGUAUUGCGUCAUCAACAACCAGGAAGUAGGUUUCUACAAAGACAGCAAGGCAGCGGCUCAGGGAGUCCACUACCACAACCAGGUCCCUGUGAGCCUGAAGGAGGCCACCUGUGACGUGGCCUCGGACUACAAGAAGAAGAAACACGUGUUCAAACUCCGAGUCACGGAUGGAAACGAGUUUCUGUUUCAAGCCAAAGAUGAAGAGGAGAUGAGCACCUGGAUCCAGGCCGUCCUGAACGCCGGUGGCGACCGCUCCUCCGAGGUGCAGGGCGGUGGGGGGGGCAGCCCCGGCACACCACCGACGUCCGGCCGCGCUCAGACGCUGCCGACUGAGUCGAGUCCCGGCAAGAGAGAGAAGGACAAAGAGAAGGACAAAGAGAAACGAUUCAGUCUGUUCAGCAAGAAGAAACAGUAGAGAAUCAAACCCGCGGGCUCUUUGGUGAAACCCGCGCUGAUGUCACCGCUGAACAGCCAAUGACGGGGGUUUUUACAGCCGUCAAAGUUUCACCAAAGUGCGAUGUUGGGGUUGUUUAUUUGUGUUUUUAUAUAUUUCUGAUGUGAUUCUCUUCUCUGUUUUCAGACAUUGUGGCGUUAACGGCGGUUUCUAUUUACACUUUGUGAUGUAACUGUUGUUGUUGUUGACGUCGGUAAACAACAACAAACAGCGGAUUAAAUCUGACGCGUCGACAGAAAGAUUCUCUCGCUCUGUUUUUUUUGAGUAUUCGCCCGUUUGCAGACGAUUAACCGCCGUUUCUUCACAACAUCUGAACCGACUUUAGUGACGUCAGCAGGAACACUUUCAUUUGUUUGGUUUUUACUUUUUAGUUGAAGUUAUUUUUGUACUUUUGAGAUUGUUUUGACACAAGUUAUGUCUUCAGUUCUGAGACGACGUCCUCAGAGACGACCUCACCGUUGAGAAAUUGGACCAAUAGUGCAUUUUGUUUUAUUGUUUUUUCACUCAGUGAUUUUCUUUUUUUGGUCUUAAAAUCAUCCAAUCUCCUGGAGGGUCCUCGGGUGCCUGGAGGGUCCUCGGGGUCCUAGAGGCGUACAGGUCCUGGAGGUCUUUUUGGUCUUAAAACCCUCCGAUCACCGUGAAGGAGGAGUCUCGAUGUACAAAAUGUCCACCUGCAUGCUUCAUCAGGCCUGAAAACACUCACCUGAAUCUAAAAGUCUUCUUCUUUGGUUCUGACCCGGUUCAGAUGUAAACCCUUAAAGCUCGAUGUUAGCCGGUUUAAUCGUAGACGGACAGAAGAAGCUUCGCUCGCUUAUCGUUGGCUCUUUUCUGCUCUUUGUAUCUUAUCGUACCCAACAUGUGUGGAAGUUAACGGCAUCUUUACUGCACAAUCAGAACUAAAUCUAUAGGAAUGAAGAAGAAUAUCAGAACUACAUCUAUAGGAAUGAAGAAGAAGAAUAUCAGAACUACAUCUAUAGGAAUGAAGAAUAUUUAAACCGACCGUAGACCAUAACGGCUUUUCUCAUGUAUGAAACUGCACCUGUAGACUUUAAAAGCUUCUCUCUCUCUGUCAAUAUGUGCGAUGUCAUUAAAGCUUUUAAACUUUAA